AUGUUCAUGGAAUGUCUGUGGACAGAGGCAGAGAGGUGGCUGCUGGUGGCUGUGCUGGGACUUGAGAUGGUGAUGGGAGUUGUGGGAAACUGUCUUGUUCUGCUGGUCAAAGUCAUGUGCAGGGGUCAGUUCUGCUGUCGUUACUGGCUUCCUUUCAUCAGUCUCACCUUGUCAGAUUUAGGCUGCUCCCUGCUCAUCAUCUCCGGCUCCCUGUUGGCCAUGCUGACGGGAGGUCAGAGGUCACCAUGGUGUGAGGUCGUCAGCCUGCUGAAGUUUGCUUUCAUCACCUCCUCCAUAGGGAGCAUAGCUCUCCUUUGUGUGCAGCGGCUGAUUGGCAGGGCCUCCACAGGAAGUGCUCUCUUUGUCAUCAUUGUGACAGCAUGCUCGGUUUCUUGGGUGACAGGGGUGGUGUUUGGGAGUGUCCCUGUUGUCUACACCUGGAUCAGGUAUGACAGUGCAGAGAUGCUGUGUGCUGUCUUCUGGGAGAGCAGCUACUCAGACAUGUUGGUCUACAUUCUCUGUGCUUUCUCCAUCUGUAUCUUCCUCCCCUUCCUCAUCAUCUUCUUCUGCUCUGUGCUAAGUGCCACCGGCUGCUGCUCAAGCUGCAACAGUGGCGAUGAAGCAGACCUGUCUGCAGUCACACCGCUGCUGGUGGCCUCCUAUGUGCUCUGCUACACUCCCUUUGUUGUGUCUGAGCUGAUCCUGCUGGGUAGGCUGGACCUGUCACCGGCUCCUGACUGGUUAAGGACACUGUCAUCAGUGAUGUCAUACCUGGACUGUGGUCUGAACCCUCUUAUCUACUGCUCCCACCACGACUUCAGGGUGGCAGGCCUGACCCUGCUGUGGACCAAAAGGAAAGCACAGUCCGAGCCUGUCCUCACGGCUGUCACUCAACGUGAGCUAUAA